AUGCUGCCGUCGUUCGCAGAAUGGAAACAACAUUGCACGCAAGGCCACCUGCCGUGGAGGAAGGACUGCAGCGUAUGCUUGCAGGCUGCAGCUUCGAUCCGUCCGCAUCGGAGGCAGCAGCACACAACGCUCUUGAAUCUCAUGACCGACGUGGCAGGGCCAUACAUCAAAGGAGAGGAUGCUCAGCAUGGUCAAAGCACGUUCUAUGUUGCGCGUAUCCACUUUUCCAUAUGGGUGGGCGAACCCGUGCCUGAGGAUGUUCCACUCCCACCUCCGGAGGCGUACGAUGGGGAAGACCUCGGUGACACACAGCCAGGUGAUGUUGCUGAGGAAGAGGACCUGUUCAUCCCUGACGAAUCUGAGGAUGUAGAGGCACCAGGGCCACCUCAGGCAGAAGUCCAGGCAGCGAAAGAAUCCAACGAUAAGUAG